AUGCAGGAACUGUGGCUCAUCAAGGUCGGUUGGGAUGAUCCACUUCCCAUGUCCACCAUCAGAUGCUGGAAUGAGUUCAGGGAAGAACUAAGCCACGUCAACCUCAUCGCAGUUCCUCGGUGGCUCCAACUUGACUCCACGGUCUCCAACAUCCAAGUCCACGGCUUUGCGGAUGCCUCCAACCUCGCCAUCGGGGCGGUUGUUUAUCUUCGGACGGAAAAACCAGGUACGGCUCCAGUCAUCUCGCUGGUGUGCGCCAAAACACGUGUCGCCCCACUUAAGAGAAGGCCAUACCUAACGGAGAAUGGCUUCACAUCAGCGGAACGGACAACCCAGCAGACUGUGCCUCACGGGGGCUAUCACCGGAACAACUUCAUCACCAUCCACUAUGGUGGAAUGGGCCACCAUGGCUCGUUUUACCUCCACAUCCAUUGGCCAGUGUCAUCGGUCGGAUCCACGGCGGCGGCGGCGCUUAGGGAAAAGCCAUCCUCAGCACAUCCAGUUGUCAUCGGCCCUCAGGAGGGCAAUGAACUCCUAGAGCGGCACAACGAUCUCAACAAAAUUCUAAGAGUAACGGCACUCGUUAAUCGGCUCGGAUGGCGGCUACGGUGGAUAGAAGUUCCAGAUCAACGGUUUGCCACUCCAGCAGAAGUCGAAGAAGCUAGACUUUUCUGGAUAAAAAGGAUACAGCACCAUCACUUCCACGAGGAGAUCCGGAUCCUGGUAAGUGGCAGAAAAUUACCAAAUACAUCUCCAAUGUCUAGGCUAACUCCUUACCUAGACCACCAACAAAUCUUAUGGAUCGGCGGCUGGCUCCACAAUGCUCACCUGGACUUUGAGGAGAUCCAUCCAGCGGUAGUACCACGACAUUCCAGAUUCACGGAUCUGCUCACCCUGACCUUCACCAGGCAAAGGUAUUGGAUCAUCGGCGGUAGAGCUCCUGUGAGAACACACAUCCAUCAAUGUGUUGUCUGUGUUCGAAACAGAGGAGAGCUCGCUCAACAACUGAUGGGUCAGUUGCCACCACCACGUAUUCAACCAUCCCGGCCAUUCACCCACACUGGAGUCGACUUUGCCGGUCCACUAAAUAUACUUCGGUGGAAGGGAUCGGGCCAUCGGGCCCAGAACGGCUACAUCUCGGUCUUCGUCUGCUUCUCCACCUCAGGCAUCCAUUUCGAAGCGGUCACGGAAUACACCUCCCAGGAAUUUAUAGCAGCCUACAAACGGUUCUCGGGCAGACGAGGAAUCCCAGCCUCUAUCACCAGUGACAGAGGGCUGAAUUUCAUCGGCGCCAAUCGAGUCCUGAACCAACUAUUUGCUCAGGCCUCAGCCGAAUCGGACCAGAUUUGGGCUGCUCUAGCAGCAGACGGAACAACCUAG